AUGUCAUUCUACUAUUACCCAAUGACUUCAAACGAUAACAAUCAUAAUCACACUACCACCAAUGGUAGUAUCAUACCCAAUUGUCCUACUCCAAACAAUUUGGAAGACAAAUUACCACCUUCGUCUACUUCUUUAGAGUCAGACGAUAGAAACAAUAAGCCUAAAGCUAUACCAAAGAGUUUUAUGUCUACACCAUCUUCGGUACAUAUCCACAUACAUGAACCAAUUGAGUACUUUGGUCCUCAUUUACCUUCAUACUACAACAACAACAAUAACAACAAUAACAACAAUAACAACACAAAGGAUUCAGGUAGCACUAGUGCAAUUACAACUACACCUUCAUCAUCAUCUACUUCUCAACCUUUGUCUCCACCAUUAUCACCAUACCAAAGAAAUGCAGAAUUGAUUAAACCAAUACAAUUACCACAACAAUCACAACAAUCACAACAACAACAACAAUCACAACAAUCACAACAACAACAACCACAUAUUGACAACAAUGAAUCCAAAGCUAACCCAGCCUCUCUGCAUUGUCUUACACAAUCAUAUCUCAAUAACGGUAAAGAGUUCAAAUUGGAAAAUUUCAAAGACUACACCCUCACCGUCAAUAUCAAACCAACCAAAAACUACUACUCACAUCAAUUUGAGUUUCUUGACAAGUACACAACCAACGCAUCUAUUGAAAACAAAAACUAUAUCGCAUCAUUGCCUACACGUAGAUACAAGAAACGAUUCAAUUACGAUUCAUCUGAUGAAUUAACCGAAGACAAUAAUACAUCUACUAGAGGCACACGUACUAGACGUUUACCCAAAUCGUACGAAGAUAGUGACUUGGAUUCUAGUUCAAUGCCAUCACCCAGAAAGAGAAAGAGACCAAACAAUAACAAUGUUGGUGCUGGUGCUGGUGCUGGUGCUGGUGUUGCAACUAGUGGAUCCUCCACUCCAAUCCCCAUUGCAAUUCAACAACAAAUGUUAAUUGACGAAUCGAUACCAGACUAUUCUCCCGACGCCCAUUCAACUCUUCCGCCAAACAAUUCCAAAUGUCUCAAGAUUGAAUGGAAAGGUCAACCAAUGGAUUUAUCCCACGACCCCAAUUUGUCGAAAUACCCCAAUUUACAUCCAGCUGAAAUUGUCCUUGCUAGUAUAUUGAGAUUACCAAUUGCCGUGUACAUGGAUUCGAAACGGAGAUUCUUUUUUGAGAAGGUAAAAAAAUCAAACUGGGAAAGGGGUUUAGACGUACCGAUGCACAAAAGGCAUGUAGGAUUGAUGUUAAUAAGGCGUCGAGAUUAUAUGCUGCGUUUGAAAAAGUCGGAUGGUUGGAAGAUGACUUGUUUGAAAAGUAUCUUUAAAUUUUGA